AUGGGCGGCGAUACCCUCGGUCCCGAGCUAGCCGGACGUACAACCACGACCACGACCACAACCGUACCUGUCAGUGAUGGCGCGAAGCCGCAGAAGCGUCUAGCUUGCACCGUAUGCCGCAAGCGUAAGCUCAAAUGUGACGGAUCGCGACCGAGCUGCGGUACCUGCUCCCGACUUGGCCAUGCGUGUGCAUACGAGGAACAGAGGAGGAAGAGUGGCCCGAAAAGGGGCUACGUCAAGGCCCUGGAGGAGAGACUAAAACAAGUCGAGACAAUGCUCCAGGGAGCCGAACCGAGCGCAUCGCAAGGUCCGCGACAGCACGCUUCGGCGACCCUCCCCACACGAGAUGCGCCGCCCAGUCAGAGGAGCAACAAGCGGACGGCUACAGAGGCCAGCAUGGGUGCUACGUGGGAAGGGAUAGAUGCAAUGGACAGCGAUCAAAACAAUACCUCCGCCGCACCGCCUAUGGAGGACUUUACAUUUGACCCCAACCUGAACAUGAAUCUCAACGGCAUGGGUGGUGACUUCUCGUGGGAGAUGAUUGGGCUGGGACUCGAGGAGCCCUUGCCGCCACAGGACACGAUCGAUCAGUUACAUCAGGCGUACUUUGACACUGUGCAUCCUUCGAUCCCCAUGAUACACAAGUCGCGGUACCUGAUGGCUAUGAACCUGGCCCCGAACCAAAGACCGCCCGUUUGUCUGCGCUAUGCCAUGUGGACCAUGGCCUGCUCACAUUCCGAGAAGCUCUAUGGCUUCAAGGAUCUCUUCUACCAGCGCGCGCGGAAGUACAUGGAGGCAGACUACAUGAAGGGCUUUGGCGAGCAGGUCAUCAGCGUGGCCCAUUGUCAGGCGCACGUGCUGCUGACGUGCUACGAGAUGAAGAUGAUGUACUUUCCCCGCGCCUGGGUCAGCACGGGCUCUGCGAUACGCCUGUGCCAGAUGAUAGGACUGCAUCGCGUGGAUGGUGUAGGUCUCGAUGUGAAGCAAUGCCUGGCGCCUCCCAAGGACUGGAUAGAGAAGGAAGAGCGGAGGCGAACGUUCUGGAUGGCGUACUGCCAAGAUCGGUAUACGAGCAUCGGUACGGGAUGGCCCAUGGGUGUGGAUGAGCGAGAUGUCAUGGCCAACCUGCCUGCGUCGGAGGAGGCCUUUGAAACUGGCAAGGCGGAGCAGACGUUGAGUCUCGGGGAAGCGACGAGUCCAUCGGGGGCGUCGAGACUGUCGUCUUACGGCGCGGUCUGUCUCAUGGCCUCUCUCUUCGGUCGCAACUUGGUGCACCUGCACCGCACGGAUGGGGAUGAUCAAGAGAACGACAUUAACGGACCGUUCUGGAAGCGGCAUCGCCACCUGGACAACAUUAUACUCAACACAGCGCUGUGCCUACCUUCCCAACUUAAGCUGCCAGCUGGGCUUGGGAACCCCAACGUCGUGUUUGCCAACAUGGCCAUUCACACGUCGACAAUCUGCCUGCACCAGGCCGCGAUCUUCAAGGCCGAGCAGAACAAGCUGCCAGGGUCUGUCAGUAGCGAAAGCAAGGUGCGGUGCAUCACUGCGGCGAAUGAGAUUGCCAGCAUCAUGCGGACAGUAUCACACAUAGAUCUGGACACGAUGAAUCUCUGCAUUUCAUUCUGCCUGUACGUGUCCGCUCGCGUCUUCGUGCAGUACCUGAAGAGCAGACCGGACGACAGCCAGACGGCGGACUCGUUACGAUUCCUGCUGUCGGCCAUGAACGCACUGAAGCAGCGGAACCCCCUGACGGAGAGCUUCCUCGCGCAGCUCGAUGUUGAUCUGGAGGCGUUGGCGGUGAGGAUACCGAAACUGCGGAAAGACUUUCACAACAUGCACGCAGAUCCACAGAGUCAAGACAAGACGAGGAGCAACUGCGAUUGGAUGAACGGCGCUGGAGGCAGUCCAUCUUACCGCAAUGAGUGUCACUUUUUGAAGACGCUGGGGGACAAUGGCAACCCGGCCGAAGGGCCCAAUCUCGUCGAGCCACGGCCCGAAAUGGUUGAUUUCCAGGAUUUCGAGGGCGCGGACAAGAUGACCGGCUUCAAUGCCGACGCAUGGUUGGCCUCUAUGAACUCUACGACACCCCAAUCGGGGCGGACGCACGACAGGGGAAGUGCGAGCGCAGACAACAUUGGCGGCCUGGGUUCACCGGGUCACUCGAGCGGCGUGACGCCGAAUUCGAGCACGAAUGGCGGCAAGGACAGUGCGUCGGACGGCCGUGGACCAAAUAAUUUGAUGGGUCUGGGACAGACUUCGUUCCAGGCCAGUCCCAUCUCGUCCCAGCGGAAUGUGAUGGGCGCUGGGGGUCUGGAUGCUCACCAAGCCAACUUGUUUGCCACUGUGAACGACUACACAGUCAUGGGCGGCGGCGGCAGCGGCGGCGGCGGAGGAGGAGGAGGAGGCCAGAACGGAUUCGGUCUUGAGCAGAAUGAUUGGGGCAUGGACAUGCUCGCCAUGCCGCAACCGCAGCAGCACCAGCCGCCGCAGGGACCUCAACACGCUGGCGACAAUGUCCUGCAGGCUUUGAUGCACAUGGGGCCGAUGGACGCGAUGGAUCUGGGUGCGUGGGAUCAGAACAGUGAGCAGCUGCGGCAAUGA